UGGCUUGCGUGUCGCCGGGCUCAGAGGUGGCGGCGGCCGGGCUCAGGUGGCCGCUCUGCUUCGCUCCGCUCUGCUCCGCUCCGCCAUGCCCGUGGGCGCCUCCCCCUCCUCCGCCGCCGCCGCCGCCGCCAAGUCCCGCUACAGCCUGGUGGACGACCGGCACGACCUCCGCCUCCCGCUGCACAACGAGGACGCCUUCCAGCACGGCAUCGCCUUCGAGGCCAAGUAUAUUGGCAGCCUAGAUGUGCCCCGGCCAAACAGCAGAGUGGAGAUCGUGAAUGCCAUGCGGCGGAUCAGGUUUGAAUUCAAAGCCAAAAACAUAAAGAAGAAAAAGGUGAACCUGAUGGUGUCUGUGGAUGGUGUGAAGGUAGUGCUGAAGAAGAAGAAGAAGAAGAAGAAGAAGAAAGAGUGGGACUGGGAUGAGACCAAGCUGCUGGUGAUGCAUGACCCAAUCUACAGAAUAUUCUAUGUGUCCCACGAUUCCCAGGAUCUGAAGAUCUUUAGCUACAUUGCCAGAGACGGCUCAAGCAAUGUCUUCCGCUGCAACGUCUUCAAGUCCAAGAAGAAAAGUCAGGCCAUGCGCAUUGUCCGAACCGUGGGGCAAGCGUUUGAGGUCUGCCACAAGCUGAGCCUGCAGCACACCCACCAGAAUGCGGACGGCCAGGAGGACGGCCAGAGCGAGAAGGGCAGCGAGGACGUGGCGGCACCAGCCAGCAGUGUGCCGGAAGUGCCCCCUGUCAGUGCUGCGGAGGAGACGGACAUUGACGCCGUGGAUGUCGGGCUGCCCGGGAGCGACCAUUUGGAGUUCAACAGGGGAGUGACAGACCUCGACGCUGUCGGCAGGGAGUCACCCACCCUGUCCUGCAACAAGGGCUUGCUUCAUCCAGAGGACAUCCUGCUGGCUUCUCCCAAGAUGCUGCUCCCUUCCUCUUCACAGUUACCUGAGCCAGGUGUCCCUCUGUCAGCUCACCACCAAAUGCAGUUUCUGCAGCAGCUCUUGCAACAGCAGCAGCAGCAAACCGAAGUAGCUGUGGCUCAGGUGCACUUGCUGAAGGACCAGCUGUCGACAGAGGCUGCUGCCCGCCUUGAAGCCCAGGCCCGGGUGCACCAACUCCUGUUGCAAAACAAGGACCUCCUCCAGCACAUUUCCCUUUUAGUGAAGCAGGUGCAGGAACUGGAGGCAAAGCUGUCGGGACCCCAGACCAUGGGCUCUCAGGACAGUUUGCUGGAGAUCACCUUCCGAGCGGGCGCCCUGCCCGUGCCCUGUGACCCCACCACCCCGAUGCCUGCGGACACCCACCUGCUCCAGCUGGACCACAGCUUCCCCGGCACGGCCACCUCCCUGAGCAGCAGCCCUCUAGGUAGGAGCGACUACGUGGCCAAGUUGGAGUGCUUCCGCUUCCUCCCCGGCACCCCCCCGCCCCUGGGCAGCCUGGAGCUCAUCAGGUUCCGAGAGUCCGGGAUCGCCUCCGAGUACGAGUCCAACACGGACGAGAGCGAGGACUGGGACUCGUGGGCCCAGGAGGAGCCGCUCCGACUGCUCGGUGUCUUGCACAAGCAGGGGCUGGGGGACAGCCUGGAUGAUGAGGUUGCCGUGUAAGGAGGAGGAGGAGGAGGAGCAGCGGAGACAGCUCAGGCCUGUGGCAGGCGCCGGCUGAG